GAAUCAUGGGAUCAGAAUGUGACAAAGUCGCGAUGUGCACUUUUUGCUUGAUUUCAUGUCUCGAUACGCUCUCACUGGGGCGUGUGUCGCUCUUCUGUCAUCACGUGUUAUAUAGUAGGAAGUGGGACUGCUACUACUAGCAUUGUGAUACCUAUAGCCGAUUCAGAGUAGCCUGCUGUGACACAGAACAACUAUGUGAACUUAUUUAAUUUGCUCUGCAUUGGAGUAUACGUCAGUACACAUUUGGGUAUAGAAACAAAGCAGUACGGUGGUAGGAUUCUUGCAAAAGAGAUGUUCCACAGUUCCUCCACACGCGAUUUCAGACUAGCAUCAACAUGAGCGGAUUCACAACAAAGAACAUGUGCACUGCUCAGUGGUUUAAAGUAGCACACGUUUAAAAAAAACUUGACAAAUAUUCGCUAAAUACUACGAACCCUUAUUGUCAUCCAAUGGAUAAAGUUGCAAACCGUUUAGCAAUGCGUCUUUGUUGUAGGCGAGGUUAGGUCAAGGGUCAAACUACUAGGCAGAUACUCCCCCCUCUACCCCUGCAGCUGGGUGGGUGAGUAGUGAGUACAUCAUGUAACACAGUGCUGAAGUCCUCAUGCACACGCACAAAUGCACCAGCUCCCGUUAAACUAUGUCCUCUGAACUUGAAACGGGUGACAACUCUGACGUCUAUUCAGUCGGGAUGUCCAAGUUGCGGGUGGCCGUGGUGGGUGCCGGGGCCGCCGGUCUGUGCGCGGCGCGACACAUCCUGGCCCGCCCGGCGCUCUACGACCCGCCGGUGGUCUACGAACUCACGGAGAACGUGGGCGGAACCUGGUGCUACGAGGAAAGGGUCGGUUGCUACGGCAACGGACAUCCCAUCCCCAGCAGUAUGUACAAGAACCUCAGGACGAACCUUCCCAAAGAGGUCAUGAUGUUCCCAGACUUCCCCUUCGACGAGCAGCUCCCCAGCUUCCUCCCCCACCAGGAAGUGCAGCGGUACUUGGAGCGCUACUCCCAGAGCCACCAGGUCACACCUCACAUCCAGUUUAGCACCGUGGUGGACGAGGUGAAGCCCAUCAGCUUGGAGACGGAGGGGGCGGAGCCUAAGACUGUGUGGGAGGUGAAGUCAUCGGAUAAGGAAGGAUCCCAGAAAAUGGAACGCUUUGACUCAGUUUUUGUGUGCAGUGGGCACUAUUCAGACCCUUGCCUUCCAGACAUCCCGGGAAUGGAACACUUUAAAGGCACAGUGAUGCACAGCCACUCCUACAGGGUUCCAGAGCCGUACUCGGGUCAGUCUGUAGUGGUUCUGGGAGCCGGAGCAUCUGGUCUGGACAUCUCCAUGGAGCUGGCCGGGGCCAACGCGCAGGUGGUUCUGAGUCACGGGAAACCGCCGUUUACCUUCCCCCUGCCCCCUGGGCUUCGACAGGCCCCCCCCCUCACCAGGGUCAACGAAGACGGAACCUUUUCUUUCCAGGACGGCUCCGGCACCAGGGCCCAGGUGCUGCUGCUCUGCACCGGCUACAACUACACCUUCCCCUACCUGCGGGGGCCGGCGCUGGGCCUGGAGGUCCGGCGGGAGCUGGUGAGCCCCCUGUAUCGCUUCCUCAUGCCCCCGGCCUUCCCCUCGCUCUUCAUCAUCGGCGUCUGCAAGCUCAUCCUGCCCUUCCCCCACUUCCACUGCCAGGUCCAGUUCGCCCUGCGGGUCCUGGAGGGGGCCGCCCCGCUGCCGUCGGGCCCCCAGAUGGAGGAGGAGGUGCGGGAGCACAUGGAGGCCCAGCGGCGCCUGGGGGUGCCCAGCAAGCACCUCCUGCGGAUCCAGAAGGAGCAGUGGGGGUACUGCCAGGACCUGGCCCGGGACGGGGGGUUCGCCCCCAUCCCGGCCGUCACCCGCAGCCUCUACGAGGAGGUGUGGAGGUGCAGGAACGUGCACCCGCAGGACUACCGCAAGGCCAACUACCGGCUGGCCAGUGACACCCAGUGGGUGCUGAAAGACUGACCCCCCCCCCACCCCCCCCCCCCCCCCCCCCCCCCCCCCCCUCCAGUGCCCCUAGGUCUGGGCUAGAGGAGGGCAGUGUGUUGUGUGCGGGACGGUAGGAUUCAUAAUGAGGUGCUAAUGCUGGUGGGAUCCAUGACAGCAGAACUGUGAACAACAACUGUGAGCAAUCAAGAAGAAAAGAUGGGACGAUUUUAUACAAAUCAAACUGAGGAUUUUAUACAAUAUAAACGGAGGAUUUUAUACAAUAUACGAGUCCAGUUGACACAGAUAGGGUACAAAUAUACAAUGUCUUGUUUAUUUUGAUUUUGAAUAUCUCAUUGUGUUUUCUCAGGAUUUGAAUUUUCCAGUUACAUUUACUUUUAAUUAAAAGCUUUUUAAAUAACAUUUCAAUUCUU